AUGGGUGUUAUAACGAGGGAAUAUGUUUACGCAGUUGUAGAUGUCCUUGGAAUUGUUGGAUUAGGACCUGUGAAUUUUAAGGCAAACAAGGAAUGCUCAACUAAUUUCAUGAAAUUGGAUGUAAUCGAGAAUGGUGAAAUACCAAUCGCGUUAUUAAAUAUGGUUUAUCCUCAUUCAAUGCUCAAAAAUAGUGCACUGGAUUACAGUCAAACUUUGCAGGAAAAUGAAGCUAUUUUUCACCUUUCUAAUUUCGUUAUAAACCUCAUUACAAAAAAAUCCGAUAAAGUACCUGCAUCUUCAAUUGGAGAAAUUUUUGCUUUUAUUUGUGCCAAUAAUGAAAAAACGUGGAUGUUAACGAAGUCAGUUUGCUGUGAUGUGUCGGAGACUUUUCAUUCUCAAAUUUAUAAAACUGAUGGUAUUGGAUCGGAUUAUUGUGAUUUUGCUGUAUUUUUUUCCAAUCAUGCUUUUAGAAAAGUAAAAGGUCAAUUAUUUGUGGUUGUACCAGAUAAUAAGUUGAUCAUCCAUAAAGAACUGAAAUUUUUAAUGGAUUUAUAUUUCAAAGACUUUGGUAAUUAUAAAAAUGAUGAAUCUCUUACAGAAGAAGAUUGGAAUGAAAUGACUUUGUUAAAUUCAUCUAUUUCAAGUGCUGAAUCAUUCCAGUUGGAAAUUGAAGGUCAAGAACCGACCCAGAAUCAAAAUGAUGAGAACGAAAAGAUUAUUCCUAAUGAACGAUACAAUUUAUUUAAAAAAAUUGAUGAAGUGAAAAACCAAUUCGAAUUUUCGGAUAUACCCGAAGCUGAUAUCAACGAAGUGAAUGAUUUCAUUAGUAAUUUUUGUCUGAAAAACAAGUCUAACGCAAAAAAGGAGGAAAAUGUUCCAUCUGAUACGAGUCAAGCUAAUGUCUCAAUUUUGGCAGAGCAAAAGACUUUAUUUGCUGCCAACAAAUUUCAUAACUCGCCAGUAACUGGGAAGAAAAAGGGAUUUUUGACCAAUAACAAUGAACAUAAUAUUCGACGAAAAAGAUCCUCAUUUGAAUUUUUGGUUUAUUGUUGCCCCAUAUUAAGUAAAACUUUUCUGAAAAUUGAUGAAAAUGAUAUAUGUUUCGAAAAUAUUUUGCAACAAAGAUGA